GAGAGACUUUACAGCAACUGACUCUUAUGCAGAGAGACUUUACAGCAACUGACUCUUAUCCAGAGAGACUUUACAGCAACGGACUCUUAUCCAGAGAGACUUUACAGCAACGGACUCUUAUCCAGAGAGACUUUACAGCAACUGACUCUUAUGCAGAGAGACUUUACAGCAACUGACUCUUAUCCAGAGAGACUUUACAGCAACGGACUCUUAUCCAGAGAGACUUUACAGCAACGGACUCUUAUCCAGAGAGACUUUACAGCAACUUACUGGAUGUGAGAUGGACAUUAAUGACUGGUCAGAUGGAUGCUAAUGGGAGAUAACCGCUGGCUGGGAGGUUGAGUGAGGAUACAACAGAGAUUCCGUCUCUCACAGUUGAAGUGUACCUCAAAUGACUGCCUCGCCUGGUUCCCCAACUACUUCUUAGACAGAGUUCAGCGUGUCAAAUCGGAGGGCCUGUUGUCCAGACCUCUGGCAGUCUCGAUGGGGGUGUGACAUGGUUCAAUUCUCGGGCCGACUCUUUUCUCUGUAUACAUCAAUGACGUUGCUCUUGCUGCUGUGACAAAGAUCCCGAUGUAAUGAUCAGUCACUGGGGGACGUGCACCAAGAUCCUCCUGGUACUGGUGUCGCUGAGGGUCAUAUACUAUACCGUUCUGGAAUAUACCAACAACCCAAACCACCCCUACCAGCGUCCCCAUUCUAGGAGGACUCCAGAUCCUUCAAGAGGAGAGGACUUGUCCUCCGAGAGCAUCAGUUCAACGACUAACGAUGAAUCAACAUAUUAUGUGGAAGUUGAAACUCCAGACAACAAGGACACACCUACAAUGUAUGUUGACGUUGAACCACAAGCUGAAUCAGAAGUUUACCUGGACACAAUAUCCAUUCAGGACUGGCCAUCAAUAACACCGACCACUGGACUGGCCACUCCUCCUCCGUAUGUGUCCCCAGGACCGUACCAUGUAGAAUACCCAUCAGAGUACUCCUUCAUCCUGGAUGAGCCAGAGAAAUGCCGGGAGCAGAACCCCUUCCUGGUUCUGAUGGUGCCAGUGGCGCCCUAUAACAGGGAGGCCCGUGAGGCCGUCCGCAGGACUUGGGGCAGUGAGAGGCAGGUACUGGGCAGAGAGGUCUGUCUGUUCUUCCUGCUGGGACUGCCCAGUGGAGAGGAGACAGAGCAGCUCCAGGAGAAGGUGCUGCAGGAGAGCAAAGAGCACCAGGAUCUGCUGCAGAGCAACUUCAUAGACAGCUACAAAAACCUGACCAUCAAGACCAUGGUGAUGAUGGAGUGGCUGAGCUCUCGCUGCCCCAACGCCUCCUACGCCAUGAAGAUCGACUCAGACAUGUUCCUCAACGUAAACACCUUGGUCAACAUGCUGCUUCACGCUCCGACGCAGAACUACAUGACUGGACUAGUGGCACAAUUGGCCGCCGUUCUAAGAGACCGUAACUCCAAAUGGUACCUUCCAAAGGAGGUGUUUCCUGAACCAGUAUACCCACCUUAUGCUCUGGGCCUGGGCUAUGUCUUCACCUUAGACCUCCCCAGGAAGCUGGUGGAGGCGUCCAGGCAUGUUAAAGCCGUCUACAUAGAGGAUGUGUAUCUGGGACUGUGUAUGAGACACCUGGGCAUCCGGCCUACUGACCCCCCCAGUGGAAACCUUUUUCAGGGGUAUGCAGGAGCCCAGGACCGCUGUCACUACAUGGCUGUUAUCACGACCAUCCUCGACACUCCUCAGGAGCUUCUGGACAUAUGGAGAAACUUGCACCAACCUGGGCCUGUCUGUUAUUGAAAACAACACUCUGGGAAAGACAAAUAGCCUUGAGGUUAGAGCGUUGGGCCAAUAACCCAAAAGGGUGAUGGUUCCAAUCCCGGAGCUGACAAAAUGGCAAAUCUGUCAAUGUGCCCUUGAGCAAGCACUUAACCCCAGUGCUCCAUGGGAGCUGGACAAUGGUGUCCCUCACCGGGACCUCGCUCCCUGUGGGUGUCUUGUUUGAGCUGUGACUUUCUCUUGGAUGCUUUUCUCUGGGUGUGGUAGAGAGGGAUUGCCUUAUCUCUGUGUUUCUGUGGGUGUGGUAGAGAAUGAUCACCUUAUCUCUGUGUUUCUGUGGGGGUGUGGUAGAGAAGGGUCACCUUAUCUCUGUGUUUCUGUGGGUGUGGUAGAGAAGGGUCACCUUAUCUCUGUGUUUCUGUGGGUGUAGUAGAGAAGGGUCACCUUAUCUCUGUGUUUCUGUGGGUGUAGUAGAGAAGGAUCACCUUAUCUCUGUGUUUGUGGGGGUGUGGUAGAGAAGGGUCACCUUAUCUCUGUGUUUCUGUGGGUGUAGUAGAGAAGGAUCACCUUAUCUCUGUGUUUGUGGGGGUGUAGUAGAGAAGGAUCACCUUAUCUCUGUGUUUGUGGGGGUGUAGUAGAGAAGGAUCACCUUAUCUCUGUGUUUGUGGGGGUGUGGUAGAGAAGGGUCACCUUAUCUCUGUGUUUCUGGGGGUGUGGUAGAGAGGGAUUGCCUUAUCUCUGUGUUUUUGGGGGUGUGGUAGAGAAGGGUCACCUUAUCCCUGUGUUUGUGGGGGUGUGGUAGAGAAGGAUCACCUUAUCUCUGUGUUUAUGUGGGUGUGGUAGAGAAGGAUCACCUUAUCUCUGUGUUUCUGUGGGUGUAGUAGAGAAGGGUCACCUUAUCUCUGUGUUUCUGUGGGUGUGGUAGAGAAGGAUCACCUUAUCUCUGUGUUUGUGGGGGUGUGGUAGAGAAGGGUCACCUUAUCCCUGUGUUUCUGUGGGUGUGGUAGAGAGGGAUUGCCUUAUCUCUGUGUUUGUGGGGGUGUGGUAGAGAAGGGUCACCUUAUCCCUGUGUUUAUGUGGGUGUGGUAGAGAAGGGUCACCUUAUCUCUGUGUUUCUGUGGGUGUGGUAGAGAGGGAUUGCCUUAUCUCUGUGUUUGUGGGGGUGUGGUAGAGAAGGGUCACCUUAUCUCUGUGUUUGUGGGGGUGUGGUAGAGAAGGGUCACCUUAUCCCUGUGUUUGUGGGGGUGUGGUAGAGAAGGGUCACCUUAUCCCUGUGUUUCUGGGGGUGUGGUAGAGAAGGGUCACCUUAUCCCUGUGUUUCUGUGGGUGUAGUAGAGAAGGGUCACCUUAUCUC